AUGGCAGGCAAGAAUACCCCUGAAGUGGUUCCGGUCAAGUGGUCGAAGUGGAAUAAUGUUCUUGCCAAGGUGCUUGAAUUCGUUCUUCCGCAUCCAGAAGGCAAAUUGUUGUACCAUGGAAGCGGCCGCCUGCAGUUUUCGGCUAAUUUGUUCGGCAGGUCUAAGAAGAACAUAUCCUGGUCUUUAUACUUCAAGCUCACUCCAAAAGAGUACAAAUUUGGGGCCAUGAUAGCUGUACGACGAGUAUCGGUAUUUCGAGAUGUUGAAGAAGCACUAAGUGCGCUGGAGAAGAAAGAUCUGUCAAAGACAUCAGUGAAGACCUCUAGCAUAGCUAAUUGGGGAAUCCGACUGGUCUUCUACAACAAAAGCCAGGCCGGCAAGAGAGAAGUCGCAAAGGCGGAAGAUCUGAUCCAAAAGGGCGUUACGGAUCAAGUUCUACUCUACAACAAAAUUAGUCCAGAUGCGUAUUUUGAGGCGCUGAAGCUGAACCCAAAUCUCAAAUUCAUUGCGGAUUCGGCAGUUGCGAGGAAGAACAACCCGGACCUGGAGAAGUUCUACACAUCCCUCGCAUCAGCAAUAUACUACGGAACUGCAGACCUUCUAACAAAACGCCCGGUCCAUCUCGGCCACGGAGAAGGCGCAGUUUCAAGUACACAGCUCCGUCUGUCCGUCGGGGCCGCCAAACUCGAGAUGAAAGCACAAUUUACUGGCACCUACACCAAAACACAAGCAAGUAAGCGCAACAACGUCAAAGACCAGAAUAACCGCCACUCUACUGUCCACGUUCAACUUUUCGACUACCGAACGGAACACUAA